AUGGCGUCCCUGAAAUUCAUCCAGUCCCACUCGAAAGACAUGCCGUUCGACGUCGCGGCAGCCAGCGUCGAUUCUCCCCUCUCGGAGGAGCAAUCGGCGAGCGUGGAGCUCGCCGAGCUCCUCCUGGAAGCCGUGGAGAGAGUCGGGGACCGUCGAUUCGACGGCGCCAGGACUCUGCUCCAGCAGUGCGACCGCCGGUGUUCCCCGACGGGGAGCCCGAUCCAACGGUUGGUGUUUUACUACUCCCGGAGUCUGCGAAAUCGGAUCAAUCGGGAAACUGGUCGAACCGGUUCGGGCGAUACGGUAAAAGCGAAAGAGCAGUCGUCCAACCUUUUCAAAGUCAUAAUGACACCGAGUGUCAGGUCGGUCGAGUUUCAGAGGAGGCUCCCUUUCUCCCAGGUGGCACAAUUCGCGGGGAUCCAAACGAUCUUGGAACACGUGGAGGGCGUUAGGAGGAUCCACGUGCUCGACCUGGCGAUCAGGAACGGGCACCAAUGGACGAUCCUGAUGCAGGCACUUGCCACGCGGAGAAGGAGCCGCGUGGAGCACCUGAAGAUCACGGCCGUGGCGACAAUGGGGAAGGAACUCAUCGAACAGACCGGGAGGAGGCUCGUGAUGUUCGCGCAGACAAUGAACCUGGUCUGCAGCUUCAACGUGGUCAUGGUCCGCGACCUGGCCGAGCUCAGGCAGGACCACCUCCAGUUCGAUUCGGGCGAGACGGUGGUCGUGCUGGCGGACUACGUCGCCAGCACGCUGACCAGCCCCGCAGAGAGGCUCGACGCGCUGAUCAAGACGAUCCGGCGCGUGAAGCCGUGCGUCAUGGUGGUGAUGGAGAUGGAAGGGAACAGAAACUCGUCCGUGUUCGUGAACCGGUUCGUGGAGUCGCUGUUCUUCGCGGGCGUGUUGUUCGACUGCAUAGGGGAUUGUAUGGUGGGAGACGAGGCGACGAGGAAGUACGGGGAGGAGACGUUGCUGGGGGAGGUGAGCAAGAUCGUGAUGAUGGGGGAGGGGAGGGAGUGGAUGAUCAGGAGCCUGAAGGUGGAUGUCUGGAGGGCUUACUUCCGGCGAUUUGGGAUGGUGGAGACGCAACUGAGCCGGUCGUCGAUGUAUCAGGCGGAGCUUGUGGCCGAGCAGGUGCCGUGCUGGAGCCCGUGCACGGUGUGGAUGGAUGGGAAGAGCUUGAUCGUUGGGUGGAAGGGUACACCCGUUAAGUCUAUUACUGCUUGGAAGUUCAGUUGA